AUGGUUUCCUGGCUGCAGCAAACCGGGAUCAAUCCAAUUCUCGCCGCAGAAGCUGAAGUGAUUUGUAGGCCACACGGCGUCACCAUGGCAGAGGGCGAAGCAUCUGCGACCAAACCCCAACAGAUCACCAACAGUUCCUUCCGCAAGUCCCUGUACGCGUUGGAGCAGUGGCCCAGUGCGAUUGAAUCACUCCGGAACCAGAACCAGUCGCCAGAAUUUGCGAACAUGAUCGGCAGUUUGAUAGACCGGACUCUCUCUGAACUUGAGGUUAUUUCCUCUCUCGUGGACAAGCAGUCUAAAAGGCAGGAGCUCCAAGGCGGCGACAAGGGUAACGAGACAGCCUCGAAUCCUGGUCCGAGUGUUGCGAAAGGAGAGGAACCCGGACAAGAAAGCAGCACGCCUGUGGAGAGCCUGAAAAGGCCGAGUCCUGAGACCGUUCCACAGCAGGCGGAGGCUACGAAACCACCGGUCGUGAAGAAAGCGCGUAUGAAAUAUACCCCCUUGCGAAAGCCCAGUGUUUAAGUUGACUGCCGUGUUCCUGCAUCGAUUUCUCCUUUUUUAGUUUAUUUACGACCGGACAUGCAAUAGGUAUGGCACAGUAAAUACAAGCCUAAUAUGCUUUUGACGAGCGCUUUUAUUGUGUUUGACGGACCUGGUGGCAUUUCUUCUCAGUGCGCACUUUUUGCAUUAUCGUUUUAAGUCUACUCAUUUGGUCGAACUUACAGACAUGUCGCGCGUAUAAGAAAGUUCGAAAGGUGAAUGUUAAUUUCACCCGACUCAUUUGCAACAUUAUGCCAUGUCACGUGUCAUUUCCUUAAUAUUAUUUUCUGUGUUUUAAUACAUUAGGCAGCUUUCCUACUGUCAUUUCUACUGCACUCAAUAAACCACAUGCAUACAUUUUUUACUUGAUACACAGGCACGGAUAUACCGAUUCUACGACUGUUGUGCAUUUGUGUAACUGUGCAGCCCUUGAUCCCAUGCACUGGACGAGCAACAGAUUUUUUUUGUAUAUUCCAAGUAGUAUCUGACCCACACAAUUGUGCACAAGCAGCGUUGUAUAAAUAUCUAAGUCAUAUUUCGUGAUUCUUACAACCUCGCAAGUUUGGCCUGAGUGAAGCAGAAACAUCAUCAGGCAUGUCUUGUGUAUGCUUCGUAAGGUGAGAUCGUUUCUCAAGCUCCCCUAAACAUGUGACAUGUCUACAUUGAUCUUUAUUGUUUAGAAUAUAAUUCCUCAAUGUUGAAUAUUUAAAAUUGUAUGUGCAAAACUUGGCAAGUUUGUCUGGAAUUUUGGGGAUAUGUAUGUAGUGUCAUUCAUAAUGUUUGUAAAGUUCUUAUCUUGCUACCAUCAUUCCAUGCUAUGCAGGUGCUUCCUGUGUGCAUUUUAUUAAAUCAGUCAGAUUUCUUGGUUCGCUGCUUGAUACAA